UUAUUUGAGUGCUGCUUUAGUCUUGUUUCAACAUUCGUCGCGUUCGCAAGAUCCCCCAAAAAAAAAUCCGAGCUCAGAAAAAAUGCGCGAUAUUUUGUUAUUGCUGCUAUCGCUUGCUUUGUGCUGCUACCUCACACAGGCACAACGACCAGAUCGUGCGCCUCCGCCACCGCCACCGCCUCCAAGGGAACAUAAUCAUCAUCGUGCGCCACCGCCACCACCACAGAGAGUACAUCAUCAUCAUUCUCAUCAUCGGCCUACACGGCAAGAUUUUGAUGCGAUUCAAUUUCCCCAGGAACAGGAUAUUGUGUUUCCCGACCCAAGGCAAGCAGAUGAGGAGAGAAGGGAAUUCAUUUUGUACAAGAUACAAGACUUUUUAUUUGAAAAUAUGGAGAAUUUACCACGCCCCAGACCACCCCCACCAAUGGGACCCCAUAGACCUGGCCAACCCUUUCCCCCGCCUCCGAAUAGUCGGCGACACAAGAAACGCAAGACGAGAACUCGACGUCGUCUGUGCGAACGGAAGUAUUCGGAGUACAUUGAACGCAUAUUUCCCAAUGAUACGGCAAUUGCUGAAGACGCCAACGAUGAAGAUUUCGAUGGACGCAUACUCGCCAAGCCUGGCGAAUACCCACAUAUGGCAGCGCUUGGCUUUCAGCAAGACUCCGAGAAAAUUCAAUACAAAUGCGGAGGCAGUUUGAUAAGUGAGAACUUUGUAUUGAGCGCAGCUCAUUGCACCGAUGAGCAAGGUGUGUCGCCAAAAUGGGUACGCAUUGGCGGACUAAAUCUGCUGGUCGAUGAGACGAGUGGAACAUCCCAAAUUAUUGGCAUUCAAACCAUUCACAAUUAUCCCAGCUACAAAGACACCUCCUACUAUCAUGAUAUUGCACUACUCAAAUUGGAGCGUAAAGUGAAGCUUACGGAGUUUGUGCGUCCGAUAAGACUUUGGGUAACCGAAGAAAUACCCACAUCAAUUGCCUUUGCCAUGGGCUACGGUUCGACCAGCUUGACCAAAUCGAUGACGAAUCGCUUGACUCAUCUCAAUCUGACCAUUGUGCCCAACGAUGAGUGCAACAGGGAUUUGCCCGCCUUUGCAGAGACACCUGACGGCAUCAUUGCCAGUCAGAUUUGUGCCCAGGACUUUAUCUUAAGUCGCGACACCUGUCAAGGCGACUCGGGUGGUCCACUUCAAUUGAAUUUACCCGGAAGACGACGUCGCCAUAUACAUUACCAUCUGAUCGGGAUCACCUCCUAUGGUGUCUUCUGUCGCAGCAGCUUCCCAAGUGUGUAUACGCGUGUCUUCACCUACUUGGAUUGGAUCGAGCAAAUGACGUGGGGUACGUCGGGUUAAUACUUUUAAACUACUCAUGUCUGAAGAAUAAAAAUACAUCAAAUUCUGAUACCAAAUCUAGAAACAUAAGAAACUUAACUUAAUCAUUUGAUUGCAAAUAAAGGUUUAAGCAAAAAUAUAACCGUUGAA